AGCUUCAACAGCUAAUCCUUUGUUUCCCUAUUUGCCCGGAGUGGACUUCGAGAGAAAGCAGAGCUUGUUUGACUCCGGUAAACUGAUAAGAAGUUGCAUAUCUUAUGAAACGAUUACAGAUCCACAUUCAAACUGAAAAUGGCUGAUGGAGCAGACCCGACUGCAGUCUCUUGUGUGAAAGCUCUAAUAGCUUUUGUUGAAAAUGGAAAAGCUCUGCUGGACCUCGCCGAGAAGGAGAGCAGGGAAGGUUCUCUCCAGGAAUUCAUCAGGCAGAAAAUCUGCAUCGAGCAAAAGCAGUCACUGCUGGGUCUGAUUGAAGCUGGUGCAGCCUUGUACAGAAGUUUGUCUGUUAAGAGGAAAAAGGAUGCAGAGGACCUAUGGAGAAAAAACAAUCACUGUGCAGCUUUACGGGACGCUGUGCAGGACUUUCAGAGACUAGAAGUGCAGUGGGAUGCCUUUCUGCAGCGUCUGGAUGAUGAGUUACAACUGAGCGCAAAAAUACUGGAUGGGGACCAUCAGUCAAAAUACAUUUCACCAGAUACAUCGCUCAUCAAUGCCAGAACGGGAGAAACAGUGACAUUAGAGAAAUAUCUUCAUAAAGGUAAGAAGAUCCUGCUGGUGUUAAUCCGUCAGUUCUCCUGUUUACUCUGCCGUCUCCAUCUUAAAGAUCUGGAGCAGAAUCAGAGGUCCCUGGACACACACUCAAUUGAAGUGGUGGUCGUUUCGUUUGGCUGUCAGGAGGGAGCUUCACACUGGCUGAAGGAGACUGGCUGUCAAUAUGACAUGCUGUUGGACCCUGAUAGGAAGAUAUACACAGCAUUCAGCCUGGGAGCGUCUCUGAAGAAAGUUUUAAACUUCAGUAACAUGCUGCUGUAUGCUGAAUACGUGGUGGACAAUAUGGAGUUUCCACGAGGGCUUCCAUCAAUUCAAGACGACAUGUUUCAGCUGGGAGGCGACUUUGUUUUGGACGAACAUGGGAGGGUGCUGUUCUCUCACUGCUGUCAGAGUCCCAUAGACAGACCCUCAGUGGAGGACAUUUUAUCUGCCCAGUGAAGAUGAAACUCCUUCAUGCACCACACAGGUUAAUUAAAGGAGAACAGAAAUUGUGUCAGCUGAUAAACUCCCUGUACCAGUUUAGAAUAACAGUGACUGUUGGCCAAGCUGUAAACUGAUAAAUAUUAUAAUAUACCAGCUUUAAGCAACAAAUUAAAAGAUCUCAACUUGCUGAUAAUAAAUAUAUCAUAAAAACACCUAAUGAAAUGUUACUGUACAAAUAACCGAGUCUUGCUUUUAUAACAGAAUUUAUUAGGCUCACUUUGUAAUGAAAAUCGAUUUAAAAACAUGAAUCUCUUUAAUAAAGAUAUAGAGCAUGGUCCUGUGUUUCCCAGCUUUGUAUCCAUCAUAAAGGUGUUGAGACUGUUGUUUGUGCUGUUGUUGUACUGCAUUAUCUUUGCAGAUGUUCCUAUUAUUUUGUCCACCAUGAUCUUUGGUCCAACCCAAACAGCAAACAUUAAUGUGACAAAAUCAAUAUUGCACCUGCACUAAUUAUACUGUGAGAUAGGUAGGCUGCAAUUAUUUUCCUUACUGAUUGAUCUGCCAAUUAUUUUCCUAAUUAUUUGAUAAUAGUUUUGUUUAUUAAAUAGUAAAAAAUGCCCAUCACAAAUUCCAAGGUGACAUCUUUAAAUUUUUUUUUGUCUGACCAACAGACCAAAACCUGAAGAUAUUCACCACCAAAUCCUCACACUGCAGAAGGUGAAACCAGAGAACUGUACAUUGUCUUACAAAAAGUCUCAAAAUGAUAGAUUAUAAAACAGUUCCCUAUUGAUAUUUAGUUGAUUGAUUAAUUGACUAAUUGCUGCAACUCUAGAAGAUAAAUCAGAGCUUUAGUAAUCCACGGACAUUUUAUGCCCAAGAUGCUUUAAAAAAAAAUACCAUGUACUGUAGUAUAAGUACAUUAUAUAGAAUAGAUGAAUAACAAAAUUGAACAUAUAAAGAAUAAAUAUAUAUAUAAAUAUAAAAGGGGGUGCAAAGUACCAAUGAUGUAAUCUCAAACUUAAGUAACAGUUGUGUAACAUUUUGUGAAAGAAAAAAAUAUGUCUCAAUGCUAAAGGUCAACCAAAAAGCACAAACUGGACUAAUGUCUAAGAAAACCAAAUAACAGAAAGGUUGUCUAAUCAGUUCUAUCACAGAGAGAGAGCGCGUCAUCUUGAUUUAAGCUCAGUAACUUGGUUAAUGUUUUAGUAUGCUACAUUCUGACUAGUGAAAGUGCCAAAGUGUUUAUGUCUUCUAUGUUUCUCAAGCUAGUUUGUUACAAAGGUUCAAUAAAAUCAAUCAAUAAAUCAGCAAACUUGCAAAGCAAAAUUUAUUUCUGUCUAAAGUGUCAUUUUGGUAUUUGAGUAAAUGACCACAAAUUUCAAUCUCAUGGUGGCACUAGAGGAUAAAUCUGGGGAUCACCAAAGUCAUUAGGAAUCAUCAUCUGGGCACCAUGAAAGUCUGUACCAAAUUUCAUGACAUUUCAUCCAAGAUAUUUCAAGAUAUUUCACUAAAUUAUGCCAGGCUAAGAUAGUCAGCAGGGAGGGAAAAUGUAGACAAACUCAGUGAGCACUUUGGGCAUUUCCAGAAGAAGAUCGUUACACUUGGUUCAUUUUCAUUAAUACUUUUUGCUGGUGACAUACACAACAUGAAUUAAAGUGCUGGAAGUUAUUGGUUACUAUCUUAUCAGUAUUAUAUACGCCGCCCUUAUCUAAAACGGUCUAUGAAUCCGGUUCUAAGAUAGAAGCUGCUUACAUUGUCAUUUACGCUGUUUUAUAAUCCUUACUGAUAACAUGUGACAACACACUAAAGCAAAGGAACAAAGAUGAAAGCUUUUCGAGGUUAAAAAUAACCAAGAUCAUCGAUCUUAAAAAAUAAAAUAAAAAACUCAGGUCUGUAAAGCCCUUAUUUGUUUUGUCUGUUAACUAUCUUACAGAAUUCUUACGUGAACUCAAACAUGAGCCAUAUUUUGACACUUGUAAUGCCUGUUGUUCUGUAUGGGGUCUGGGGGUUGGACCCAGAUGUCUGACUACAGUCUGUUUUCUGAUGAUGACACUAAGUUACAUUAGACAAUAUAAAAGUUAUUGAAUCAUGUCUACGACAGGAAGAGAGUCUGUCACUCACUGUCAAUUUAACUUUUGGAAAAGGAAAACCUGGAUUAAAGUAUAUCUUGUCACAUUUUUGGUUAAUGUUUCCAUUAUGUUACAUUUUGACUACUGAGAGUCCCAAAGUGUUUAUGUCUUCUAUAUUUCUCGAGCUACUGUGGGUUUGUUACAAGGGUUCAGUGAAUGUCUUAUGACUCAAAGUAGAGGAGAUAUCGGCACAUAAUCUAACUAGUUUCUUUAGGAAUGCAUUUUUUGUAUGGCAUAGUGUGUGUUUCUGAUAUAUACAAUGUUUUUAAUGCAGUGUUUUUGUACAGCAUAGUCUUGGUUUUCUUUAAGACGCACAGAAUUGUGUAAUGAUAUUGUAACCAGCAUCGUGGGUUCGCCUAACUGUAUAAACUUAAUAAGGAAAGAAUAAACUGGAAGAAACGUCUCAA